AUUAUCUUCAAAUUAUUUCGUAUCAAAAAUACUUCAUUUAAUUUGACUUAACAUCGAGGCCAUUAAUAAGUGAAAGUUUUGUUUCUCAUAUUAGUCAAAAGUUUCUAAUAUGAAUUCACUAUGUUAACAAUUGCAUACAUUCAACCAAUUCUUCAGUAGUAUCCUGUAAAUUAAAUUAUCACUUUGAACGUACUAUUUAAAAGAAUGAAACUGUCAAUGUGAUAUAAAUCAUGAGAAUGUAUUCCUGUUGGCUGAUAUGGUUAUUCAUCGGAUUUGUUGUGGGAGUCAAUCAUGCGAUUCAAGAUCAAAUGAAUGUUUCAUCUGUUGUAACUGAACCAUAUAUUCAUUCUUCAGGAACUAAUUCAAAAGCAUCUAGUUCAUCAUGUUUGAAAGGAUUUAAAUCGAAUGAGCUCAACGUCUUCUUAGUUUUUGCCCGCAUAGUAACUCCAGUUGUUUUUGGCCUGAUUCUAAUUAUUGGAUUUGUUGGUAAUCUAUUUGUGAUGAUCGUUGUCCUAGCCAACGCUCAAAUGCGUAAUACAACAAAUAUUUUAAUUUUCUCAUUAGCAGUAGCUGAUAUGGCAUUUAUUGUAAUUUGUGUUCCAUCUGCAGCGAUAGUUUAUGUGGCUGGUAAAUGGCCAUUGGGAUUAUCAUUGUGCCGUAUUUAUUAUUAUUCUUCAUAUGUCUCCGUGUAUUGCAGUGUUUACACCUUAGUAUUGAUGAGUUUGGAUCGCUUUGUGGCUGUAGUCUAUCCCAUUCAAUGUAUGCAUAUUCGUACACAGAAGAACACUACUAUUGCAGUAUUUAUUACUUGGACCGUAGUGCUGGUUACAAACAUACCCUUAUUUAUUGGUGCAAUUUUAGUAAAAGGCCCACCGGAAGGGGGUGAAAGUUCUUGUGUUACGGAAUAUUGUACAUAUUCAUGGUUAGUCAAUUUUGAUGCACAAACAAAUAUCGCAAGAGAUAAUCGACAGGGCGGACAAAUGUUUUUUCUCCUUUUCUUUCUGUUUGGAUAUUUAUUUCCAUUUGUUGUAAUCUGCUUGUUAUAUAUAUGUCUAAUAUUGAGACUACGUUGCGGUCCAUCUUCAAAAAUGGCACGUUCAGCAGAGGCACAACGUUCAAAGAGACGAGUUACACGCUUAGUUGUGACUGUAGUCAUUGUUUUUGGUAUUAGUUGGUUACCUAUUCAUGCUAUCUUUUUAAUACAAUAUUAUGCAAAAGACCCAGAAACAGAUUUAUUUAGAAUAAUACAAAUAUUAGGAAAUUGUUUGGCUUACGGCAACAGUAGUAUCAACCCAAUUCUGUAUGCAUUUUUAUCUGAAAAAUUUCGAACUGGAUUUUUAAAACUUAUUUGCAGUCGUAAGUCAAAUCCUAGAGAGGGAAGACUUAAAGAGAAAUGUUUUGACAAUGAAACAGCUAAUUGAUAAAACAAAGAGAUAUUAAUUUAGUGGUCUUAAGUGGGGUAUUUUUGCUAUUAAAUUGUAAACGAGAUGAAUGACAAUAUUGAAAUAUUGAAUUGUCUAGUAUUAAUUUUUGCAUAAAAUAUGUGUAAUAUGACACAUAAUGAUUUAAAUUAAGGGACAUUUAGAUGUAUGUGUCUUCCUUGAGACUAUACACUUUCUAUUUUAUGACCUCUUUGAGCCGAUGGAUCCCUUAUGAUAUUUAAUCGUUUUUUUUAUAUUUACUGGUACAGAACGAUUGGAUCUAACUAACAUUAUAACAGUCCUCACCUUAAACAUUCCCACGCGCACAUGUGAUUUUUCACCAGUUAUUUAAAUCAAUAAACAGGAUACUACCAAAUAUUAACAAUUCGUCUUAUAUUGUAUUUGCAUUUAAACAAUUUAAAAAUAAACUUUCUCUUAAACCA